AUGAAUAAAGAAGUUAACAUUCUUUUACUAAGAGGCUAUUCUAAUAUAGAGCUAAUAGGUUAAGGGGCCAUUAGUUAAGUAUUUAAAGCAACAAAAGAAAAUAAAAUUUUUGCAGUAAAGAUUCUGACUAGCAAGACAAUAGGUGGAAAUUAAAACCGUUAUUGGAAAAAUGAGAUAGAAAUAAUUACUUAAUUGUAAAAAAAUUUAAAAGCUUCUCCAUGCCCAUACAUUACCUAAAUAUAUGAUGUAUUUUAAGAAAAUGAAUCCGCAUUUAUAGUCAAUGAAUACUGCGAUUAAGGAGAUUUGUACAACUUUAUUUAAAAGUGCCAUCAACAUUUAAAUCAUUUUUCACUUGCUAUCAUGAUGAAGCAACUAAUAGAAGGUAUAAUAUACCUUCAUGAAAGGAAAAUCAUACACAGAGAUCUUAAACCAGAAAAUAUUUUGGUAGCUUACUAGGAUAAUGUUUAUGUCCUUAAGAUUACAGAUUUCGGAAUCUCCUCUCAAGAUGAGCUUACUAAAUCUUAAGUAGGAACUGUUAACUAUAUGGCUCCUGAAAUCAUUAGAAGUUAAUAAUAUGAUAAAUCAGUAGAUAUUUGGAGCUUUGGAUGUAUAGCCUAUGAAAUAAUUACUAACGAGUAGCUAUUUUAGGCUUAAAGUCAAUUCGAAGUUGCAAGAAAAAUAAUAAAUUUUCAAUAUUAAUCCAAACACUUUAUUAAUUAAGAUCUUUUUGAGAUCAUCGAGUAAUGUUUGCAAGUUGACUAAAAUAAAAGAAUUACCUCAGACGCUAUUUUAGAUAAGCUUAACAAUAUAAUCAAUAAAUAUAUGUAAAUACCUCAAUAAAUAGAUGAGGAAAAUAGAAGUUAGAGUAUUGAAGAAUAUUCAGAUGAUGAUAAUAAUAGCGAAGGUGAUGCAUUCAAAAGCUAAAUUGAUAAUAGAUAAUAAAGAAACCAAUCUAUUAACCAAACCUAACAAAGCAUUAAACCAAAUAAUCUGCAAUCAAAUAUUACUUCUAUAUGUCCUGAAGAAGCUAUAGAAGAUUUAAAAUCAUCAGUAAAAUCUAUUAGAUUGCAGCAAAAGGAAGAAAAUAUUUUAUCAUUGCUAAAAUAAAUUAACAUAUAAGAUAAAUAAUUAGAAAAAGGAACUUAUUAUUAUAUUCUGUACUAAAAUGAGCUGUAAAAUACUGACAAAUAGAUAUUGUAAAUAUUUAUUUUCUUAAUCUACACCUUAAUAGAAGGCGGUUUGGUUAACCUUAAAGAAUUUAGUAGUGGUCUCAACUUAACUCAAAGCAGCGAAGAAAUUGAACUAUAAAAAUUACUAAAUUUUUGUUUGGUAAACUGUAUAUUCUAGGAGAAUUAAACUUAAAAUAGAUUUUAAUAUCUUAUCAAAGAUUUGCUAAGAAAAAAAGUUCUAUAAUAGGCAUUUUAGAAUAUUUGUAAAAAAAAGUCAGAAUAAAUUUUAGAGCUCUUUAAAAAAUAGGAUUAAAUAAGUUAUGAAACCUUUAAGAAAAACUUAACAGAGUUAAUUCCACGUUCUAAAAUUAGUUAAUGCUUCUAUUCUGUAAUCAAUAACAAGACUUUUUAAAUUUGUGGAGUAUUUUCAUUUACAAUACUAAGUUUUUAUUUGAUUUAUAAGUACUACCCUAAAAAUGUUAAUUAGAAAUUUCUUGGUUUCAAAAAUAACGAGUAAUUGCAAAACAAUUAAUAAAGUUAACGUUGA